CGGUUGCUAGGGGUCAUGUCGUCUUCUGCUCUCCCGGUCUCCGCGGCAGAGCGACGAAAUCCCUUUAGCAGGCGCUGUAAGGAGGGAUGGUAAUCGUUCUCGGUUGCCUUCAACCUCACGCCUCGAGGACCCAAGUUUGUACAGUUCUUUGCGUUGCUUAAGGGAAUGGUGUCCCAUCUGAGGAUUGUGUUGGAUUUGUUUUUAUGCUGGUUUAUUACAUUUAUUUGGAGUGGCACUCGAUUCGUUAUUCUGUGAUCUACGCCAUUCUUUUGAAAAGGGCCGGUUGCAUCAUCACAGAUGGAGAUCAGUAGCUCCCGACCUUCACAAUUUAUCACGAGCAUUGGAAAUGGUGGCGUUUCUCAUGGUAAUGGGUUACCUCUCAUCGAGAGUAUUGAGACGGGUCAGGUCAUUGUCCCUGAGAGAAAAAGUUGGAAAUCUUUGUUUGCAUAUAUGGGCCCAGGAUUCCUUGUUUCUAUUGCAUAUAUUGAUCCUGGAAACUUUGAGACAGAUUUACAGUCAGGUGCACAGUUCAAGUAUGAGUUACUUUGGAUCAUACUUUUGGCUUCCUGUUCUGCCUUGGUUAUUCAGUCACUUGCAGCCAAGCUAGGAGUUGUGACAGGGAAGCAUUUAGCUGAGCAUUGUAGAGCUGAAUACACAAGGGUUCCUAACUUUAUCCUGUGGAUUCUGGCUGAACUUGCAGUUGUUGCAUGUGAUAUUCCUGAAGACUUAUGGAUGAUGAUACAAGCUUUGAGUCAGGCAAAAUGCUUCCCCACUAGCCCAGUGCCAAAUCUGAUUAUUGGAACAGCUUUUGCUUUGAAUAUGCUCUUCAAGAUACCUGUAUGGUGUGGUGUUCUUAUCACGGGGCUGAGUACUUUGCUACUGCUAUAUUUACAACAGUAUGGGGUGAGGAAACUAGAAUUACUUAUAGCGUUUCUGGUAUUCACAAUGGCUGGUUGUUUCUUUGCUGAACUUACUUAUGCAAAGCCAAAGUCUUCAGAAAUUUUGGAGGGACUUUUUGUCCCCCAGCUUAAAGGAAAUGGUGCCACAGGUCUUGCUAUCUCACUACUUGGUGCAAUGGUGAUGCCGCACAACCUUUUCCUUCAUUCAGCAUUGGUACUCUCCAGGAAAAUACCACGCUCAGUUCGUGGGGUCAAGGAGGCAUGCAGGUUUUACAAUAUCGAAAGUGCAUUUGCUCUUGCAGUGACCUUUCUUAUUAAUGUAUCUGUUAUUUCUGUAAGUGGCUCUAUUUGUAGCUCUAAAGAUCUAAAUCCUGAAGAUCAGCAAAACUGCAAUGACCUUGACCUCAAUAAAGCAUCAUUUCUCUUGAAGAAUGUUCUUGGAAACUGGAGUUCCAAGCUAUUUGCAGUAGCCUUACUGGCAUCAGGUCAGAGUUCUACUAUAACAGGAACAUAUGCUGGACAAUAUGUCAUGCAGGGAUUCCUUGAUCUGCGGAUCCCACCAUGGAUACGGAACCUUUUGACCCGAUCCUUGGCAAUUGUGCCUAGUCUGAUAGUUGCUUUAAUUGGUGGAUCUGCAGCAGCUGGAAAAUUGAUUAUCAUCUCUUCGAUGAUUUUAUCAUUUGAGCUUCCUUUUGCUCUAAUCCCACUUCUGAAGUUUACCAACAGUAAGACCAAGAUGGGUUCAUAUUCCAAUUCUAUUGGGGUGGCAUUACUCGCAUGGUUAAUAAGCUCAUUGAUUGUAAUCAUCAAUACCUACUAUCUCGUCACUGGUUUUGUUAAUUUGCUUUUGCACAGUGGGUUGCAAACACUAGCAAUUGUAUUUGCUGGAGUUUUUGGGUUCUCAGCCAUGCUCAUUUACAUAGCUGCAAUAUUGUACUUGGUGUUCAGGAGAAAUAGGAACUCAACUCAACCAUUGUUACAAGACGAUGCUAACAAUUCCGUGUACAAUUUACCGCGAGAGGAUAUUGCAAAUAUGCAACUUCCACAGAAAAGAUCCACACAGGAUCUGGACUAGUUAACUUCCUGCUGUUUCCAGCCAAGCAAAGUCUGCCUCAACAUUCUUGAAUUUAGUGGACUGAUAUUUCUGCUUUCUUUACUGCAGCUUUUAGCCCUAGAUGUGAAAGAAAACAGCAAACUAACACAGAAGGGAGGAAUUAUAUCUGAAGUUUGUCUGCUUCAUUUUAUGAAGUGAUAGUGUCAAGCUCGUUUCAAGCCUCAGCCUAUGAUAGUAGUAGGCUUGAAAACUUUAACAGUAUUUUUAUACGCAUGGAAAAAAUAUAUAGAGGAUUUCACUUUGUAAUACUUGGUGCUACUCUAGAAAUUCGGUGAAUUCAAGGUGUUUUUUGCCUUUUAGAAAUAAUUAAUUUUUUUGUCGUACUAAUUGACAACCCAUUGGAUGA